CGCACAAAGGCAGGCUGGAGAUAGAUAGAUAGAAAGAUUAGAGAGAGGGGGAUCGGUUCGAUUUGUGAGACGUUGUCGGAUUUCAAAUCUUCAUUUCGCCUGAAUUUGGGAAUUCCGUUCACGUCCGGCUUAGGGCGUUCUUAAUAGAACUGGAAUACGCGGAAGGUUGAGGGUUUGAUUUCAAGUUUAGUUUGUUUGAUUUUGGAACUUCCUUCAUUUUUUUUUUGUGUUUUCGACGGAAUUCGGGGGCUUCGCUUGCGGAGGGUUUGGGCUAACGGAUUAUUCGUUACGUAUCUUGUUUGAAUCUCCUCGUGUGUUUCUUUGUUUCUUUGGGCUGAGGGGUUAGUAGUUCGAUUCUUGGGGAGUUGUGAGGGUUUUUGUGCCCACCCUCCGUUGAAUUUUGGGUUUCGCACGCUUAUGAAGUUGAAUUCUCGAUCACUGGAAUUGGGUUUAGUUCCGAAGUUGGUGCUGUUGAGAGUUUCGUGAUGUUUACGCCGCAGAAGGCUUGGUCUGGUUGGCCCCUCACGCCCAAGACCGGGGCCCAGAAGGGUGGGGCCGGUUCUGCCUCGAAUCCAAACUCUGUUACUCCUAGCUUGAGCCGCAGGGGUGAUGGGAUCAAGGGGAAGACUGCUGCUUUUGGUGAAACCGCGACGCCUCUUUCAGGUACUGUAGUUGAAAAUGGGAGAAACAUGUUUGUGGGGUCCGCUGAGGCGGCCGCCUUGGACCAAGAAGGGUUUGCUGAGAAGAUCUCAAGACUUGAAAACGAGCUUUUUGAGUACCAGUACAACAUGGGGCUUCUCUUGAUUGAGAAAAAGGAUUGGGCUUUAAAAUAUGAAGAGCUUAAACAAGCGUUGGCUGAAGCAAACGACACUAUCAAAAGAGAACAAAUGGCCCAUAUGAUUGCAAUAUCUGAUGCUGAAAAGCAAGAGGAAAGUUUAAAGAAGGCAUUGGGGGUUGAGAAGGAGUGCGUUCUUGAUCUGGAGAAGGCUUUACGUGAGAUGCGUGCAGAAAAUGCUGAAAUUAAGUUCACAGGUGACUCAAAGCUAGCUGAAGCCAAUGCUUUAGUAACUAGCAUUGAAGAAAAAUCUUUGGAGGUGGAGGCAAAACUGCGUGCUGCUGAUGCAAAACUUGCUGAGGUGAGCCGGAAGAACUCAGAGGUGGAAAGGAAGCUGCAAGAUCUGGAGGCUCGGGAAGGUGCAUUUAGGAGGGAUCGUCUAUCCUUCAAUGCAGAACGAGAAGCUCUCGAGGCUACAUUGUCUAAACAACGUGACGAUUUACGGGAAUGGGAAAGAAAGCAGCAAGAUGCAGAAGAGAGGCUUGCCAAGGGUCAAACAAUUCUUAAUCAGCGAGAGGAGAGGGCUAAUGAGAAUGAUAGGAUGGUGAAACAGAAAGAGAGAGAUCUUGAAGAGACUCAGAAGAAAAUUGAGUCUGCUAAUUUAGCUCUGAAAAGGAAAGAAGAAGAUAUAAGUAGUAGGCUAGCUAACAUAGCUUUGAAAGAGCAGGAAUCCGAUGCAUUGAAAGUUACUUUGGAGAUUAAAGAGAAGGAGUUACUUGUGUUAGAAGAAAAGCUUAGUGCUCGUGAAAAGGUUGGGAUUCAAAAACUUCUAGAUGAACACAAUGCCAUUUUAGAUGCAAAGAAAGUUGAGUUUGAGCUGGAAAUUGAUCAAAAGAGAAAAUCUUUAGAUGAAGAAUUGAAAAACAAAGUGUCUGAAGUGGAGAAAAAGGAAGCUGAAAUCAAGCACAUGGAGGAAAAGGUUGCUAAAAGAGAGCAGGCACUCGAAAAGAGAACAGAGAAGUUCAAGGAGAAAGAGGCAGACUAUGAUACAAAGCUCAAAGCUUUGAAAGAAAGAGAGAAGUCAAUGAAAACUGAGGAGAAGAAGCUUGAGGCAGAGAAGAAACAAUUGCUCACUGAUAAAGAGGAUCUGAUCAGUUUAAUGGCUGAAGUGGAGAAUAUUAGAGCGGAGAAUGAAGCACAACUGUUGAAAUUACAUGAAGAGAAGGAAAGUCUUAAAGUGAGUGAGACAGAGAAGUCUGAUUUCCUCCGUUUGCAGUCUGAAUUGAAACAAGAGAUAGAGAAGUACAGGGAACAGAAAGAACUACUGCUGAAGGAAGCAGAGGAUUUGAAGCAGCAGAAAGAAACUUUUGAGAGAGAAUGGGAAGAGCUGGAUGAGAAAAGAGCUCAGGUUGAGAAAGAGCAGAAGACUCUUUUGCAGCAAAAGGAAGAAUUUGAAAAAAGGAUCUUUGCUGAGGAGGAAAGGUUGAGAAAUGAGCGAUCAGAAACUGAAGCUUAUAUCCAUAGGGAGCAGGAAGAUCUAAAGUUAGCCCGAGAAUCCUUUGCAGCUAGUAUGGAGCAUGAGAAAUCCGCCAUUGCUGAAAAAGCUCAAAGUGAUAGAAGCCAAAUGAUGCAUGAUUUUGAACUACAAAAAAGAGAACUAGAAUCUUCCAUGCAGAAUCGGGUCGAAGAAAUGGAAAGAGAAUUCCGUGAGAAAGAGAAAUUGUUUAAGGAAGAGAAGGAGAGAGAGUUGGAGAAUAUUAAAUUUUUAAGAGAUGUAGCUAGAAGAGACAUGGAGGAACUGAAACUCGAGAGACUCAAAACUGAUAAAGAAAAACAGGAAGCUGAAGCUAAUAAAGAACAUUUGGAAAAGCAGAGAAUUGAGAUACGUAAGGACAUUGAAGAGCUUCUCGAACUUAGCAAUAAGCUGAAAAGUCAGCGAGAACAGCUUGUGGAGGAGAGAGAUCGCUUUAUUUCAUAUGUUGACAAACUCAUGACCUGCAAGAACUGUGGGGAAACUGCAUCUGAGUUUGUGCUUUCAGAUUUACAAUCUUUGGGUGGUAUUGAAAAUGCUGAUGUUCUUAAUCUGCCCGGACUUCCUGAUAGAUAUAUGGAAAUUCAAGGACUGCAUGUGUCUCCAGGUGGAACUCUGGGUACUUCUGAUGUGCGAAAUGGUGAACUGACUCCAGGCGUAGCUGGUCCAACAUCUCAUACUUCUAGUGGAACCAUUUCUUGGCUUCGUAAGUGCACGUCUAAGAUUUUUAAGUUCUCUCCAGGUAAAAAGAUUGCAUCUCCAGCAUUUGAGAAACAGGAUGAUGACGAGGCACCAAUAUCAGAUGAACAUGAUGUUCCGGCAGAACCUUCCAAGAGAGUAUCUGCAAGUGAAGAGGAGGCAGAGUUAUCUCUUGCAAUUGCAAGUGAUUCUCUUGACGACAAGAGAGUUCAGUCUGAUGUUAGUGGCAGGGAGGUUGAACCAAGCCUGAAUCUUUCAACUGAUGAUCAAAGUAACGUUAAUAGUAAGGCACCAGAAGUUGCAGUUGAUUCCCAACCUUCUGACACAAGGGUAGUAAAUCAGCGAAAACUACGUCCCAGGAGAGAAAAGCCUAAAAUCAGUAGAACUCGAUCUGUUAAGGCGGUUGUUGAAGAAUCUAAGGCUAUAAUUGUGGAACUUCAGCAAACUCAACUGGUUGAGUAUCCUAAUGGAAAUGCUGAGGAUUCUAGUCAGCUGAAUAAUGAGAGUCGGGAUGAAUCUAGUCUUGCUGGCAAAGGCACACGAAGGAAUUUGCGGAAGAGGACACAUGCUAAUUCAUCUCAAAUCAUGGGUGAGAAUGAUAAUGAUGACAGUGAGGUACGCUCUGGCAGUGCUGUUGAAGGUCAACCACGGAAAAGGCGACAGAGGGCUGUCCCCGCUGUGCGAGCUCCCGAAAAACGAUACAAUCUCCGGCGAACUAAAGCUGCAGGUGCUUCUAAAGACCCAUCUAACAUUAGUAAAGGAAAUGAAGAAGAUGCUCCUGUUAAUCGUACAGAGGAAGACGUUCACUAUUCAAAAGCUCGUCCUACACCAUCAAUGGGGGUUGCCAGCGACAAUGCUGGAAGCACUUACCUUGUAAGGUGUGGUACUGUUGGAGAUAAUCAAGAUGUCACUAUUGCUGGUACGUCGAAAAAUUCAACUGAUAUGGUAUCUCUGAGUGAAGAAGUGAACGGGUCACCCGAAAUUGCAGGCAAGUACGGCGAUCGUGGUAAAUACAAAAGUGAAUCUUGUGAUGAAGAUGAGGAUGAUGAUGAAGAAGAGUCGGAACAUCCAGGUGAAGCUUCCAUAGGGAAGAAGCUGUGGACCUUUUUCACAACGUGACCAUUUGACCUGCCUUCUUAUAAUAAUGUUGACUGUUGAAGAUGGGUAAGUGGGUCAACUUGUGUAGGAUUGAUUUGAUGAUGGUAGGGAGAGAAGGUUUAGAUGUGUAACAAGAAGUCAAAUGUAGUUAGAACUACGAAUUUGUGAGGGCAGGGGGAUUUGCUUUCUAUUUCCUUCCCCCUCUUUUUCUUCUUCUUUUAGGAUUCAGGAUACUCCAGCCAUUUUAUAUAUUGACACUCUAUCCGUAGCGCUAGUUAUUUGACGUUACAGUAGCCGCUGACCCGUGGAUUCUCGGCUAUGCCCCCGAAAUUUGUUUGUAUCAAAAUGUUUGCCUCUAUGUUAGUUCUUGAAUGAUUGUUUUAACCUUAUUGAUUUGAUUCCCUUUCUCA